AAAAAAUUAGCGUCGUAUUGAUAUAAUUGCCCCACCAUGAUACAUCUAAUCAGCACUUCAGUGGAGCGCUAUUUAGCUAGCAAGAUUCCAAGUGAUUCUUCAUGCCAAGACAAUUGAGAACCAAAACAAAGGAAGGCAAACCAUAUAGAAAAAAAGAAUUUUUGCCCAAAUCAGAAAAACAGAACUAGAUGAGGAAAAAACCUCAGAAUAGUAUGAAGUUACCAAUUCUCCUUUUGCAAACAGCCAUGCUUCUGAGCACUGCCUUCCGUUUACAUGUAACAGCAGCCGAUAGAAAACACCAACAAGUGAAAAAGACUUACAUAGUUCAUAUGGAUAAGUCUCAUAAGCCUGCAAGUUCCGACGACCACCUCAAAUGGUAUGACUCAUCUUUAAAAUCGGUCUCUGCUUCAGCUCAAAUGUUUUACACUUAUGACAAUGUAAUGCACGGCUUUUCCACAAGACUGGCGGAAGAAGAAGCCCAGGUGCUUGAAAAACAACCAGGUGUUCUCUCUGUUCUACCUGAAAUCCGAUAUGAGCUUCAUACGACUCGAACGCCUGAGUUUCUUGGACUUGGAAAGAGCGAAGCUAUCUUUCCAUCGUCGGACAAAGUUAGUGAGGUGGUGAUAGGAGUUCUGGACACCGGUGUGUGGCCUGAGAGCAAAAGCUUUGAUGACACCGGUCUCGGGAAGCUCCCCUCUGGGUGGAAAGGGGAGUGCCAGGUGGGCAACAACUUCAACUCGUCAAGCUGUAACCGAAAACUAAUUGGCGCGAGAUUUUUCUCGGAAGGGUAUGAAGGAGCAUUUGGACCCAUUGACAGUAAAAGAGAAUCAAGAUCACCAAGAGAUGACGAAGGCCAUGGAACUCAUACCACAACCACCGCAGGCGGGUCCUCUGUUGCAGAGGCUAGUCUAUUUGAUUUUGCUUCUGGCACGGCACGAGGUCUGGCUGCGACAGCCCGAGUAGCCACGUAUAAGGUGUGCUGGGUUGGUGGAUGUUUUGGUACUGAUAUAUUAGCAGGUAUAGAGCAGGCUAUUAAAGAUGGUGUCAAUAUUUUGUCUAUGUCUAUCGGCGGAAGUUUAAAUGAUUACAGCAAAGACGCAGUAGCAAUUGGAACUUUUGCUGCAACGGCUAAUGGAAUUGUUGUAUCCCUCUCAGCCGGAAAUUCUGGACCAAGUUCAGGGAGCUUAUCCAAUGUUGCGCCUUGGAUGAUCACUGUGGGUGCUGGAACAUUAGACCGUGAUUUCCCAGUUUAUGUUAGCCUUGGAAAUGGACAGAAAUACAAAGGUGUGUCGCUCUAUGGAGGCCAACCUUUAUCUGAUGAGUUAGUUCCAAUUGUUUAUGCUCAAAAGACAAGUAACUCUACAAAUGGUAAUCUGUGCUUGACUGGUAGUUUGGUUUCUGGAACGGUCACAGGAAAAAUUGUAUUGUGUGAUCGAGGGGGAAACUCCAGGGCCCAAAAGGGUCAAGUAGUCAAAGAUGCUGGUGGCGUUGGGAUGAUUUUGUCAAAUACAGAAUCUUACGGGGAGGAACUUGUGGCUGAUGCACAUCUCUUGCCCACAGCAGCUGUUGGCCAGAAAAUCGGUGAUUUAAUAAAGGCCUAUCUUGAUUCGGAGGCUAAUCCAACAGCCACGAUCUCCAAAGGAACCACACAGUUAGGAGUUCAACCCUCACCAGUGGUUGCAGCUUUCAGUUCUAGGGGACCAAAUCCAAUCACUCCAGAAAUACUUAAACCAGACCUGAUAGCACCAGGGGUAAACAUACUUGCUGGGUGGACUAGCGCAGCUGCACCAACUGGAUUAGACCAGGACAAGAGGCGCGUAAGCUUCAACAUCAUUUCAGGCACAUCCAUGUCUUGCCCUCAUGUGAGUGGACUGGCUGCCCUCCUCAAAGCUGAGUACCCAGAAUGGAGUCCUGCAGCUAUAAAAUCGGCUCUCAUGACCACCGCCUAUUCAAAAUAUAAUAAUGGUAAAACCUUAAUAGAUGUUGCUACUGGAAAUCCAUCAACACCGUUUGACUAUGGAUCUGGGCAUGUAGAUCCAGUGGCAGCCCUGGACCCUGGUCUUGUUUACGAUGCUACUGUUGAUGAAUACAUAAGCUUCCUCUGUGCUUUAAAUUACAGUGCAGCUGAGAUAAAGAUCGUCACCUACAAAGACUACACCUGUGAUGUAACCAAAAAGUACAGCCUUGGAGAUUUUAACUACCCAUCUUUUGCAGUUCCUCUGCAAACAGCACUUGGUAGUGGUUCUGGUGUUUCAAGCACUGUAAGAAACACAAGAACUCUAACAAAUGUUGGAGCACCAGCAACAUAUAAGGUCAAAGUAUCUUCAGAGAUUUCGUCAAUUAAAAUCUUUGUUCAACCAGAAUUACUGAGCUUUAGUCAGGCAUAUGAGAAGAAGACAUACACAGUGACAUUCACUGCCCCUUCUUCCCCGUCAGGUUCAACAAGCUUUGCUCGUCUGGAAUGGUCAGAUGGUAAACAUGUAGUUGGCAGCCCUAUUGCUUUUAGCUGGACAUAAUUAAAAGAGAAUUUAACUAGUAUUAAGGUACAAGAGGUUUCGAAUAGAUGAAACUGUCUCUAUUCCUGUGUUAAUUCUAUUUGUGUUGGUCAUUCCCUUGUACCAGCUGAGCAACUUAUGCCAUUUAAUAGGUUUCUUCUUGUAAUUCCCAAAUGAAAGAUCAAGGUAAAUGGGAAUAAUAAUUGUACAGCAAAAUGUGUAAUGAACUAAUAAUAUUUAAGAAUGGAUCCCGAAUUUGUAUUUCAAAUAAAAAGCUAAUGCUUUCAUUUUCUUGUU